GCCUUCCCCCGGAUCAUAUAGUGCAGUAGUCGGCAAAGAAAAGUGACCACAGCCAAACGCCUAUCCAGCUCUUUGAGCGGCGGGACUGCGACCAAACGGACUCAUUUACCUCAACGACUGUUUACAACCUUAAAAAAAAACGAGGCCUGAGAGCUCACAUCUGAUCCAGAGUCUGCGGAAGGGUAUCAUAACUGCUCUUUAUUUUUGGACACUUAAAAAAAAAAAAUUGCGCACGGUGGAUCUAUGAAGACGCAGGCAGGUUUUUCACUCACAGCACCAGACAGAGGGAACAGGGAGUGAUUCACCCCGCUGCCUGCAGCCCUCAUGCCGGGCAUUAGCUCCACCGCGCCUCGUUAUGAAAACUGGGACAUGGAUCACCUCGACCACUACCAACAUUAUUUCUACGACGAUCACCACGACCCAGAUGAGGAUUUCUUUAAGUCCACAGCGCCCAGUGAGGACAUAUGGAAGAAAUUCGAGCUAGUACCGACCCCGCCCAUGUCCCCUAUCCGAGCGGUGGAAGGGUCGGCCAGGGUCGGGCUGCUGUACCCGUCCCUGGGGGACAAGCUGGAGUGGGUGUCUCAGUUUUUAGGACAGGAGGACGAGCAGCAGCAGCAGCAGCAGCAGCACCAGCAGCAGCAUGACCUACCCUGCAAGCUGACCACGGCCAGUGACUCCUUCGGGAAUCUGAGCUCCAUCAUCAUCCAGGACUGCAUGUGGAGUGGUUUCUCUGCUGGGCAGCAGCUGGAGAGAGUUGUAGGGGAGCGCUGCGCCUCUUGUCCCGGGACGGGAGCCGCUACAAAAGUAGUCGCAGCCGGCUCUGCUGUUACAUCCCCGGGGAGAGCGCAGAGUGCCCCCGCCGACGCGUCGGCUCUCAGCGGUCUGGCGGCGGACUGUGUGGACCCGGCUGCGGUGCUCACUUUCCCGUUAAACGGUGGAUGCAAGAAGCAAGUGUCCUCUGGUUCAGAGUCUCACACCGACUCAUCAGAUGACGAAGAUGACAAAGAUGAGGAUGAAGAGGAGAUCGAUGUGGUGACCGUGGAGCACAAGCAGCAACGCAAACCUCGUCGACUGGUCAACACUCGCAAACCGGUGACCAUAACGGUGCGGGCCGACCCCCUCGACCUGGGCAUGAAGCGUUUCCACAUCUCCAUCCACCAACAGCAGCACAACUAUGCUGCACCCUCGCCGGACACGCUCCCUCCGUCGGCUGAGCCCCCCCGGAAGAGAGUCCGGCAGGAGGCGUCCGCCCAGGCCACCCAGCCGCACCAGAACUCUCAUUACCACCAGCCCCGGCCCGGCCACGCCCCUCUGAACUUAGACAGCAGGAAGUCUCAUGUGACCGUGGCUGGAGUCAGGUCAGAGUCCCCUAACCUCAGCGCCUCCUCUCCUACCUCCUCCACGUCACCUUCGUCCCCUCCCUCCUCCUCCUCCUCCUCCUCCUCUUCCUCCUCGGGCUCCCAUCCCCAAAGCUCCCCCACAAAGGCCCACUUCUUCUCCCACCUCUCCAGCCCUCAGUCCUCCGACUGCGAGGACACAGACAAACGCAAGGCGCACAACUUCCUCGAGCGCAAGCGAAGGAACGACCUGCGCUCGCGCUUCCUGUCACUGCGGGACGAGAUCCCAGGCUUAGCGGACUGCCCCAAGACGCCGAAGGUGGCGAUCCUGACGCGAGCCACGGAGUACCUGCAGCAGCUGCACGCCAGCGAGAGGCAGAAGGCUCAGGAGAGAAAGCAGCUGAAAGCCAAGCAGCUGCAGCUGCUGCAGAGGCUGGCACACCUCAAGCGAUCCUGAGCGAUGGGGUCGACUGUCACCACACACACACACUCACAGGACUGAGCGGGACUACAUGAAGGAGGAAAAAAAAGACACUAAUGUUCACUUUGAAUUGGUCACGUUGGAAUAGUGCGGGUGGAUUAUUAUUUUUUUUUCUUUUCGUUUGUUUUUUAUUUUUGUGGUUUGCACAUUAGCUUCUGAGUGAUUGACGAGGCCGUAAGCCGUUCAGGACAGCGAGCUAGGGACUGAUUUUUACAGGGCAUCUUACGGGCAGAUUAAUGUCCAUGGUUACUCAAUAUAGGUUUGUCAAACUGUUAUAUUCCCCCUUGCUAAAAAAAACAAAACUGUUGCUUGCUACAGGAAGGCUUGUCGUGAAUGCAGCAGCUUCUAGUUGGAAAAACUGCUGCAACUGUGCUGUUUAACUGCUGCAUGGUCUGGUCAGACGUCUCCUUGAUUGUGAUAGAGCUUGAUGUGCUUGCACAGCAGUGAUGUCUCCUCUUUUCUAUAAGUCUGAACGGUCCCUCUGCAGUCUACUUCAAUUUUCUACUUCUCUACAGUCCCCUGCUUCUUAGCGCUUGGCAUAAAACUUGUACAGUUUAUCAAGUUGUGCCUUUUUUUUCUGCUCUGUUCUUUUCUCUCUUUCUCCAUAUCAUCUAAUCUCUUCCCUGCUUCUACUUGUUCAGUUCUUCACUUUUUUCCCCCUUUGUCAGCAGUUGGAGGUUUCUAGCUUCAUGCUUGCUGAUAAUGGGAAUGCAGGGGGCUGUAGUGGGACUACACUGAGCCAUGCAACAAUAACGCUACAACUGGAAGGACACAAUAUGUUCUGCACCUCUGGAAUAGCUCAGGUUAAGUCCUAACUUCUGUGCCUGCAGGUUUCCAUUCAUAACUUAAGUGUUUUCCACUUGCCUCACAAGUGUUUUACAGCAGCAGCAGCAGCAGCAGCAUCAUGUUCAUGUCACGGCCUGUUCUUGUAGCAUUAUUUGGAGAAAAUGAAAAAAUAUAUGUUGCCAUGCAGGCAUCGAUUGGGAUCCUAUUUUUCAAUCAACAUCUGCAAAAACACUAUGAAGAUCUUUACCAAGAUUUCACUUUAUCUUUAUUAUUAUUGUUGUGCCAUGGAGACCAGCCAAAAGGUGAAUGGUGGCUUCAAAUGAUCAACCAAAAGAAACUCAUAGAGAAUGGCUUAAAUUGAAUCUGUAUGUCUAAGCAACAUCAAAAAUGCCAACUUUUGCUUGGAGAUGAAGCCCACUGAGUUCCAACUGUACAUUUCUUUCAUCUUGCUGUCUGAUAUGUUUGUAAAUUUAUUAUUUUUGUUUUGCAUUUGAUGUAAUGCCUAUAGAAGCCUUUCAAUGUAUGUAGACUAUCCUGUUGGAUGUUAUGUAUAUAGUACCCUUACUGUACAGUCCCUUCCAAACCAAAACCAGAGCUGUCUACUAUACUCAUCCUAGUUUUCAUUCGGCCCUGUGUCCUAAACCGGGGCCAAGCUUGCUGGCUUUUCAAAGAUAACUCAAAGCUUCUAUUUUUGUUAAUAAAAUGAUUAUGAAAAAGAGUCAAAAUAAAACACUUACUGAACAUCGAUCACACUAGCCACUUUGUCACAACAUUAUUUUUUUUUCUCGCAAUGCCUAAUUGUUUUCUUGACUGUUCAUUACUUUUUCUGUCUCUGGGGUUUCUUUAUUUGUACAAGUCAGAUUUGACAAA